AUGUCGAUCCUUGAAGCGGUCCUGACAUCGAUCCGCGAGCACUGGCUAGCUGCGGGUCUUCUGGUACCGAUCAUCUAUAUUGUGAGCGUUGCCUUUUAUCGUCUGUAUCUGCAUCCGUUGGCAAACGUCCCAGGACCGAAGUUGGCGGCGGCGACGUGGUUGUACGAAAUAUAUUUCUGGAAAAAGUUCGUGAUCGAAAUCGGAAGGUUACACGACAUCUACGGCCCGAUUGUUCGAAUCACGCCAAAUGAAGUCCAUGUAAAUGAUCCAGCGUUGAUUGACGCUGUGUAUCCUGGUGGAGGGAAGAAAGUUGAUAAGGAUCCCUACCAAGUUCGCAUGUUUGGGAUACCUGAUACAGCGUUCCUGACUAUCGAUCACGAAACCCACAGGAUCCGGAGAGGUGCACUCAACCGAUAUUUCUCGAAGGCAGCGGUUAAUAAGAUUGAACCGUACAUCCGCGAGGCAGCUGAGAAACUAUGCAGCUGCAUCGCCUCCUACGCCGGCUCCGAUACGGUCACUAUCUCCGUCGCGUUCUCAAGUUUCACGACGGAUGUCAUCACUGAGUACCUCUUUGCGAAGAGCUACCACAUGAUCGAUAGACCUCACUUCCUGCCCAACCUACAAGCCGGAAACGACUCGCUCGGGGAGCUUCUUCCCAUCCUGAAGCAACUCCCGUUCCUUCACACCGUAAUGCGCUGGAUCCCGCAGGAACGGAUGCUAAAGAUGAAUCCUGGCAUGGCCUCUUGGAUCCGCGUUGAGCAGGACUGCCAUCAGCAGGUCAAGGACGCCCACGCCCGUCUCGCAAAGCCGGACCGUGUCUACUACACUGUAAUUGACGAACUCCUUCAUGCGGACCUCCCCCCGGAGGAGAAGCGUGACGAUCGGUUGUUCCUGGAGGCUGUAGUCCUCAUUAACGCGGCCACUGAGACAACCUCCUGGAACCUCUCUCUCGCAACCUUCUACCUCCUACACCAGCCCCAUACCCUCGCCACAUUGCGCCAAGAGCUCCUGACUGCGUCUGGAGACUCCCUGGAACUCCCGUCUCUUACUACCCUCGAAAACCUCCCGUACCUCCAAGCCACGGUUGCGGAAACACUGCGGCACGCUUACGGGGUAGUCCAACGGCUGAUUCGUGUCCACCAGGAUCCUGUGCACCUGCGCUCGACUGUCAAGAUCCCAAACCGGGAUGGUUCCGAGAAGGUUCAGGUAAAGGAGGUGAGCUACGUUAUCCCCAAGGGAUACUCGCUGUCCAUGACGUCCCUAUGGAUCCACAAAAAUCCAGACCUCUUCCCCGAUCCGGAUAAGUUUGCGCCGGAGCGAUGGUUGGACGCCGAGGGGAUGAAGAGGAAAGAUUUGGACAGGUAUCUCAUGUCUUUCUCGAAGGGGACCCGGCAAUGCCUUGGGAUCAAUCUUGCAUAUGCAGAAUUGUACAUCUGCAUCGCAGCAGUGGUAUUACGUCUCGGGGACCAGUUGGAGCUGUUUGAGACAGAUAGGUCGGAUGUGGAGUUUGAUCAUGAUGUUUUCGCAAUGAGGCCGAAACCUGAGACGAAAGGUAUCAGGGUUACGGUUAGAUGAAACUUACAUUCUCUAGCUUGGUACGUUUUACUAUUCGCUUGACGGCCUAAUUGAUUUUGGCAGGCAGUGACCAGUAUCAGUUCCCUGCCUGUGGAUGCGUUUUUAUAUGGCACAAAUUGCAUGGGCUUUCUUGUCGAGGGUUUAGGGGUAGGUAUAUCUCGGAUCUUGGUAGAGGAUGGCGAGGAAUGUCAAUACAUUUCAUACGCUUCAAGAAUUCGAGUUGAAUAUCUCCCAUUGAUGGAAUGAUAGAAUCAUUGGCGCAGCUAAAAGCUUACUGAAUAACAAGGAGAAUCGUAACAGUCGUGUGAAGUAGUGUACUCAG